GCUGGCUCGAACGACGGAUGAACGGACAACAGCCCACUUGACCGCAGUCAGACGAGACGCGUCUUUUCAGAUCACAGUUUCACCUCGAAGAAGGGCAACAUCAGAGCUGAAGAUAUGGCCUCAGAUCAGAAGGUGGUGGCCGCCCUGGGUCGACCUUUCACCCUUGGAAUGCUGUAUGAUGCUUACAAGGAUCAACUUGUCACAGGCUUCACAUUGUGGGAUAAAAAAACUCUAGAAGAACACAGGUCUGAGCACUCUCAGCAGACCAGUACAUUUGAAGUUACUACAUCUGAUUCCAUAGAAUCCAAGUCCAAACUGCUCAGUGUUGAAGCUUCUCUAAAGGCCAGUUUCCUGAGUGGAUUGAUUGAAGUUGAAGGUUCUGCAAAGUAUCUGAACGAUCAGAAGAAAUUUAAGAAUCAGAGCAGAGUGACGCUUCAGUACAAAGCUACAACUUCCUUCAAACAGCUGUUAAUGACCGAAAUAGAAUCCAAGAACAAGAUGAACACUGCUGUCCCUAAUAAAGAGUCUGCAACACAUGUGGUCACUGGCAUACUGUAUGGGGCAAAUGCUUUCUUUGUAUUUGACAGUGUGAAGUUGGAUGCUCGCAGCGUUCAGCAGAUUGAGGGCAGCAUGAAAGCUCUCAUUAAGAAGAUUCCCACACUAGAAAUUAGUGGGAAAGUUGACAUACAGCUGACUAAGGAAGAAAAAGCCCUGGCAGAUAAAUUCUCCUGUAAGUUCAUUGGAGAUUUCAUUCUUCCCAGCAAUCCUUCAACAUUUUUAGAAGCAGUGCAGACCUAUGUAGACCUUCCAAAACUACUGAAAAACAACCAAGGCACUGUUGUUCCACUGAAGGUCUGGCUGACACCACUGAAGAAAUUUAUACCCACAGCUGCUGAGCUGCGGGGUAGCAUCAACACUGGACUUCUGAGGAAAGCUGAGACCGCUCUAGAAGAUAUCAAGCAAGCAGAGAUGAGGUGCAACGAGUGUCUGGAUGAUGAAGUGGUGCAGAAUGUGCCUCAGAUUUCAGAGAAGUUGAUGAAAUUUAAAAAGAAUUGUCAAGAUUUCAAGUCUCAACUCCAGCAGACGAUGGAGAAGGAAUUUCCUUUGACUCAUAAAGGUCAAAAAGAAAAUGGUUCAGUAGAAAAGCUCUUGAAUGACAGACAGAAUUCACCUUUCAGUAGUAACAACUUAAACAUCUGGAUGGACAACAGAGAAAGAGAAAUCAACAUCAUCAGGUCCUGUGUGGAGAUGAUGAAGGCAGGAACCAAUGUGAGGAUGGUUCCACGUCAGUCAGAUCUGGAUAGAGAGAUUCUGGCUCUAGGUGUAGAACAAGCACUGUGCUUCGUUUUCACCUCUGUGGAACAUGUUGACCCUUACAUGGAGCAGAUGGUUCAGUACUUAGAUAAACAUGACCCAUGUGAUAAGAACGUCCUUCUGUCAGCACAGCAGCCAUGGUACAACUCAAAUGAGGUUUUCAACAAAAUGAGAGGAAAAUCUGCAGCUUUGCAUGAUUUUGCAACCAGUUUGAAGAACAACAGCAGAUUCCGUUUCCUUGUAACAACCGCACCAAAUAAUAAAUACCAGGGUGCAACCAUCUACCAUUACAAGGACGGUGUUCUGGUCACUGAAGAUUUCUCACAGCCCAGCAUCCCUGAUGUUAAGAAAGUCACUAGCCAAAAAGAUUUGUCCUGGUAUGUCUGUGAUCUCACCAUGGACCCCAACACUGUAAGUGGCUGGCUCACUCUGUCUGAUGGAAACAAGAAGGGGAUUUGUGGAGAAUGGAAAUCCUAUCCUGAUCUUCCACAGAGGUUUGACGAACGCCCACAGGUUCUAUGCACCAAGGGACUGACUGGACGUCACUACUGGGAGGUAGAGUGGAGUAAAGGAGGUGACAACGAAGUUGGAGUGGGCGUUGCGUACAAUAGAAUAAAAAGGAAAGGGAGCAGCCCUGAAACUGGGCUUGGAUCCAAUGAAAUGUCCUGGUAUUUUGGUGAGAAUAAAGGGUGUCUUGAAGCAUGGCAUAAUGGCAAGGUAUGGAGUGCUCAUCUUCCAUCUUCUAGAUGCCAGAGAGUGGGGGUGUACCUGGAUUGGCCUGCUGGUACUCUGACCUUCUAUGAUGCCACCUUUAAAUCACUAAAACACAUCUACACCUUCACCACCACAUUCACUGACCCCGUUUAUCCAGGCUUCUGGAUAUAUAACAAGUCCAGCUACGCUUGUUUGUGUGCAGUGUAGUAAAAACCAGAACCAACCACUGUUUUGCAUAGUUGUUUCAGGGUUGUGUUCAUACCCUGAAUAUAAAACUAAUCUAUGGUUUGUCAUAAUAAGCCAUUUUAGCCUUUUUUUCUCUUUAUAAACCAACAACUCUUUCAGAGCUUCAUGUAGUUCAGCCAAAGACAGCAAUGAGUCUGGACUUGAGGUUUGUUCUUCCUUUAACUUUGGCAAUGUAUAACUCUUAGUAAAAUGCUUUAAAGGUCAUUAUUUCAUUUAUUUCAUAGGGAUCAUGAGUGAUGUUCUUUUUCCUAAUGAUUAUUAUUGAAUGGGUAGUUUGUUUUUCCUUAUUGCUUUUUAAUUGUUUGGCUAAAAAGAGUUUCUUAUAGUAAAGCAAUGUCUGCUUGUAGGGUUUUCCAAUGGUUAAAUAUUUGUCUUAUUGAUUCUACGUACAUUCCAAGUGACAAUCUUCAGUGGUGUGAUAAAUUACCUGACUGGUGUGUAUAACUAGUCUUGUGUGCUUAUUGUGUGACAGACUUUAGGUGCGUGGCUGAUCUUGAAAUUUGAUGUAAAGUUAUGAACACCUAGUUACCAUUGCAUCUAUCAUUUUCCUGUAACAAACCUCUUCUAUUAAAUCAUUUUUGUUGUUGUUACACAUUCUUUCGUGUUCUAUGUAACGACCUUGUUGGGUUCAAU